AUGACAAGAGACAAUGAGUCACCAACGGCAAAUACAAACAUCCAUUUAAAGAAAAACUACAACAAUCCUCAAAACCAAGCCUUGGCAACUGGAAACUCAACAAUUGUGUUCAACAAUAGUACCAACUGUAACCCGAAAAAACGUCUCAGACAAGAAUCAUCAGAAAUACAAUCAUCCCCACCUAAUAUUUCGAAAUUAACAAGAACAACAAUAACAAGUGAUAGUAUGGAAAUCGUACACAAGACAGCAUUUUCACCUUAUUCUAUAACAUUAAAAAACUCACAACACAAUGAACAACUUACAGAUUGCAAAUUAGUUGAACAUUUAAUUUUAGAAUGGAAAAACAAAAAUAGAUCCGAGCUGGACAUUACUGGUCGAUUCGGGCAUGAAAAACGGAUUUUAAUUUUUGCUAACAAUGAAACAACUUUUGAAGAAUUACUUGAUCAACAUAAAUGGCCUGAUAAAAUUGCGGAUGAUGAAUUUGAAUUAAAAGUACUGCGCAUUUUCCCUUCAGCGUAUUCGUUAGUAAUCCAACAAUUCUACAACGGUUGGAAUAUAAAUGAAGUACAAGAUGAAUUAAAAAUAACAUAUUCAUCAUUAAUAAAGUUAACAAAAAUGCAUUCGUUUAACAAUAAACCUUUAAAUUUAGUUCGUGCUGAUUUUUGCUCAUUAGAGUAA